AUGGCACUGGAACAAUCCGAUGAUGAUAUUUUCCUUGAUUCACCCACGAGUAAACAGCAUCGAUUCUUUCCUUCUUCACCCAAAGCAUUACCUAUGAAACGAAAUCAGGACUCAUCAUGCGAUACAGUUUCUCCAUUGACACGACAAAUGAAAUCAUCUUCAUUUUCAACGCAAGAAUAUGGCGAUCAUGAGCGACAUACGUCACUGCGUCGGCGACCAAGCGUACUCGAUGAAAAAGCUUUACGUGAGGCAGAUACCAAGUUAGUACGUGACCAACGCAUACAAGCAAUAACUCGAAGCUAUCAAGUAGUUCUUGAAAGUAUCGGAGAAGAUCCAACUCGACAAGGUCAGAUAUUUAUUUGUCUUGGAUCUCUUCCUAGUGGAAUGACUUCACUUCUAGGUCUUCUGAAAACACCAAAACGUGCCGCUGAAGCAUUAGUCUUUUUUACGAAGGGUUAUGAACAAACAAUUCGAGAUGUGGUUAGCGAUGCCAUAUUCGAUGAAGAUUGCGAAAACAUGGUUGUUGUCAAAGAAAUCGAUAUCUAUUCACUCUGCGAACAUCAUAUGGUACCUUUUUUUGGUAAAGUCUCCGUUGGUUAUUUACCCAAUAAACGAGUCCUGGGUCUGAGUAAAAUUGCUAGAAUUGUUGAAGUCUUUAGUCGACGAUUACAAGUGCAAGAACGAUUGACACGACAAAUCGCAGAAGCCAUUGCCGAAGCAAUUGAGCCAAGAGGUGUCGCUGUUAUUGUUGAAUGUCUACACAUGUGUAUGAUCAUGCGAGGUGCACAAAAGGUUAACUCCCGAACAACAACAUCGGCUAUGCUUGGCGUUUUCCGUGAAGAUCCCAAGACACGAGAAGAAUUUUUAACUCUCGGCCGAAUCAAUCCAUUUUAA